CCUUUUUUUUCGUAGUCCAUCGUUAGUUAGACUUCUCUGUUGAUCGUUAUUAUUUUUCUUAAACCCCUGCAAAGCACCGCUAGAACAAACAGCUCCAGGAACAAUUAAGUGAAAAAAAAAAUGGCAUUUUCUGAGUUCAGGCCAUUAAACGAGAAGUCCCUCGUCGAAUACAUAAAAGCGACGUCUUCUUUGUCAUCGAAGAUCGGGGACAAGUACGAUGAUUUAAAGAUUAAGGAAGUUGGAGAUGGCAAUCUUAAUUUCGUCUACAUCAUCGUUGGCGCUUCUGGUUCUUUUGUCAUCAAGCAGGCGCUUCCUUACAUACGAUGUAUUGGGGAAUCUUGGCCGAUGACAAAGGAAAGAGCAUAUUUCGAAGCAAUAGCUUUAAAAGAGCAUGGUGGAUUGUGCCCUCAACAUGUUCCUGAAGUUUAUCAUUUUGACCGUACCAUGUCUUUGAUUGGAAUGCGUUAUAUAGAGCCUCCCCAUAUAAUUCUCCGAAAAGGGUUGAUUGCUGGAAUUGAAUAUCCAUUCCUGGCGGAACAUAUGUCAGAAUACAUGGCCAAGACUCUUUUCUGCACAUCUCUUCUAUAUCGGUCAACCACAGAGCAUAAGCGUGCUGUGGCUCAAUUUUGUGGGAAUGUGGAACUAUGCAGGCUCACUGAGCAGGUUGUUUUUUCUGACCCGUAUAAAGUAUCUGAACAUAACCGUUGGACUUCUCCUUAUCUCGAUCAUGAUGCCUUGGCUGUCCAGGAGGAUGAUAUAUUGAAGCUUGAAGUAGCUGAAUUGAAAUCUAAGUUCUGUGAAAGAGCCCAGGCCCUUAUUCAUGGAGAUCUCCACACUGGUUCUAUCAUGGUUACCCGUGAUUCAACUCAGGUCAUAGAUCCUGAGUUUGCAUUUUAUGGACCAAUGGGGUUUGAUAUUGGUGCUUUUAUUGGGAACUUGAUUUUGUCUUUCUUUGCACAAGAAGGACAUGCUGAUCAAGGCAAUGACAGAAAAAUAUACAAAGAGUGGAUAUUGAAGACAAUUGAGGAUACUUGGAAUCUUUUCCACCAAAAAUUCACUGCUCUUUGGGAUCAACACAAGGAUGGCUCCGGGGAGGCUUAUCUUCCAGCAAUUUAUAACAACCCUGAGCUUCAGAAGCUUAUACAAGAAAAAUAUAUGAAAGAAUUGUUCCAUGACACACUUGGAUUUGGUGCUGCUAAGAUGAUAAGGAGAAUUGUUGGUAUCGCUCAUGUUGAGGAUUUUGAAUCAAUUAGAGAAGCUAGCAUAAGAGCAGAUUGUGAGCGGCAGGCUCUUGAAUUAGCUAAGACCCUUCUCAAGAAGAGGCGAGAAUUCCUGUCAAUUAGUGAAGUUAUCUCAGCCAUCACGCAUGUCCAAUCAUGAUGGAAAUUACCUGAAAAUUGUGGUUUGCUCCUGGUAUUGGUUCCCUCAUUAAGCAUCUUCAGAUUUUUGUGCUGAGACCAGGCCUCUCUUUGCUGCAGUUAUUCCAAAUUUUUGUGUGGUAGGCCAUCAUUUAGUCUAAUUUUGUUCAUGUAAAACUGCUGUUGUUCUAUAUGUGCCAGCUUUGCAUGAUCCAGAAAUUACCUACUGUUUAUAAUUUAAAGUUAUCAUGCUUUCUUGUAUGAAACCACCUGUAGUCUUGCUCUCCUGGAUCGUGAGUAUAUAACUAAAGAUUCCCGUC